GGCCACCACGAAAACAUGUAGUCAAGCACGUUACACGUGAAACGGAAAAGAGAUAGGCACAAAACUGAUUUGAAUAAACGGAUUUACCUAUUAAUCGCGGUACUUUUAAUUUUAUUUUCACGUGCAAAAAUGGAGAGGCCACAAUCUACGAUUUUUGACUGUUUCUCGAAACUCAUCGAGGGAAACGAUAAAGAGAGAAUUGACAGCGGUAAUGCACUCCUGAAAUACCUCUCAGACAAAAAUUGGGAUGAUGACACGUCUAAAGAAUUAAAUUUAGCCCUAAGAAGAUUGAUUGGUGGUACUGGGUCCCAUCACGUGAAUGCGAGAAAAAGUUUUUAUGGAACUUUAACUGUAUAUUUAAAGACAAAGCCCGAAACUCCUGCUGAAAAAAUUUUAGAAAUCAUGGAAAAAAAACUAGAACCACUUAGCAAGAGUCACAAAGGCGAAAAUGGAGAAAUUUUUACAGGCCGAAUAUUAACUUGCGGUUCAUUAAUUCGUUCAAAUAUUCUGGAGAAAAGCUCACCAGAAGUGCAACAAAAGGUUUUGGAAAACAUGAUUUCUGCAGGCAAGAAACGUAGUUACCUUCCCUAUGUUGCCUAUAAUUUUAUUAUUGAUUUCCUCAAUCAAAUCAACAAAAAGACUUUUUGUGCUAACGUUUGGCCUUAUCUACAGACAGAAUUAGUAAAACCUUGGUCAGAGCAAAACCUAGAUACCUUCCAUACGUUGCUUUUUAUACAGAAUAAAUUUCCAUCAGUAGUGAAGGAAACGUAUAAAGAACAUUUUGGCGGGGAAAAUAUCGUUAAUGAAGAUUCUUUAGAGAGCAUCACUAAAAUAUUAACGAAUAUUCCCAGAAUCCACUGUUGUCGACAACCCGUUUACAAGGCCUUCAUUGAGAUACUGUGCAAAACAGAAUAUGUUCAAACUUUUUGGUCCGCGAUUGAUCAGCGAUUUGCGAACCCUUCAAAAACUGACGAAUAUUUAGCUACAGAAAUUUUGAGACUCUUGCUUCAAAAUGUCAGUGACAAAUCUAUUAUUCCAGAUCUCCUUUCUGAAAAAUAUUUACAGCACAUGUUGAGGAAAUGCAAGUUUAACAGAAGAAACAAAAGGGACGAAGUUACACAUGCUUUCAUAAAUGUCCUAACUUUACUCACGACAAUUAUGAGCGAAAUCGCGGAAGAAAAAGUAAAGAUCAGUACUUUGAAGAAAUUAAUGUUGUAUCCCGGUGAUUUAAUGUUUGAGAAGUGGACAGGCACAAGGAUAAUUCAGUUGAUUACAGCCAGUUUAAAGACCGAGGGCGUUAAGAAGUUGUCAAAAUUGUAUAAAGAAAUAAUGGAGAAUCCGCAAGUGAAGGAAAAACAUGAUAAUAAUAGAGCAUUUUGGACUAAUGCUGAAAGGAUCUACACAGCACAACUUUUCACAAAGCUUCUAAGUCAUACCGAAAUGACUUCAGAUCAUGCUUGGAGGUUGAAACAACUCAAGUUUCUGUUUAAGGCGGGUCUCUGCGAAUCUCCCUAUAGCGGAGGAGACUUAGCAGGUCAAAUUAAAGUUAGCUUCUACCGCGCAUUGGACAACAAGCUACCAAAACUAAGCGAUCUGAGAUCUAUGUUGAGUGGCCUGGUCACUUACUUAGACGUGGAACUCUUUACGAGCAACGACCUGAAGCUAAGAACUCCACUGACAGAAGCAGGUACGGAAGCCUGGAAGAAGAUGAUCAGUUUGGUCAUACAGUUGGAGGAGAGCAACGAUCAUUUCGCUGCCUUCUUUCACACCAUGGACUUGCAUAUGGGCCUGCAACUUUUCACCGAUCCGGAAAUGGCCAUCUCAUCCAUCGAUGAACUGCACAACUGUUUCGAAAGACUGAAGAAGUCAAAGAAAUCUAAGAAGAAGUCUGAGGACGAACCCGAGUGGACUGAAGUUGUUGUAGAUCUUAUAUUAUCGCUUUUAUCGAGAAACGAACAUUUGCUGCGCACUGUCGUGGGCUGUGUUUUCCCACACAUCUGUCCUCAUCUUACAAGCGCCUCCUUGCACCAAAUACUGGCUGUAUUGGAUGUGAAGAACACUAAAGGACCUCUGAGUGUGAAAGGAACUGAAGACGAUGACGAUGAUUCAUCAGCAGAAUCCGACGCUGAAUCCGAGAACGAAAAGAAUGGCACUGAAGAUGGUGAAAGCGAAGACGAAGAAGCUCAAGAAGACGAGGAGGAGUCAGAAACCGAAAAAGAGUCGGGACAAGAAGAAGACGAGGAAGAAGAUGAAACUGUAACUGAUAGAUUGCGUCUAGCAGUGAGUCAAGCUUUGGGCGGAGCGACUGUUCAUACCGACGACGAAGACAUGGAUGUCGACGACAUCGACGAGGAAGAAGGAAAGCGCUUGGAUGAAAAUUUAGCCGCGGCCUUCAAAAUCCUCAAGGAAAAUCGUCGAACGCAGUCUAAGAAGCAAGCCAAACCCGCCGAGUUUUUAACGCAUUUUAGGAUUCGAGUUAUCGAUUUGCUUGAGGAUUAUUUGGAUUCUUGUCCCCCCAUGGCACUCGCCCUCGACAUGGUUGUUCCUCUCUUCAUGCUUCUGGAAUUCUGUAUAAAAGAGCCGCAUCAAAAACCUCUUGAGAAUAAAAUUAAGGCUUGUUUGAAGAAACUUUCGGGCGUGAAGAAGUUUAAGGAUACAGAAGGUGUUGAUGGAGAAUUGUUGACGACGCUGAUGAAGGUUUUGAUAGAAAAAGGAGAAAGAUCAGCAUCUGUUUACCAAGAAAUGGGAGAUCAGCUUGCCAAAUGUUGCAUGUUCUUGGUAAGAUGCUCGCAGCAGGCGAAUUUGCCGAAGGAAGAUUUGGCGCUGAUUUACAAGGAGCAUCUGACUGCUUUCUUUAAAAAGAGGGACUGCAUUCUCUCGAUGCUCUUCUUUAAGAAUAUCUUGCAGCUUUUCUGGGAAGGUAACUGGAUCCUCAUUCCUCUUUUGGUGGAAUUUGCUUUCGAUAAAGAAAUCAGGUCCUUCAGACGAAGUCAAGCUUUAGAACUUCUCUUAGUGGUCUAUCGAAACGGGAGACUUUUAAGGGAUGAAGAACACCAAGAGACGAGAUUAAAGAUUGAAAAAAAAUUGUCCAAAAAUAGCAUCAAGUUGCUAAACGAAUUAAGUGCGGCGCAGGGUGAAAAUGGCGAGGCGAAUCCAAAAGAUGAGCACGCAGUUGGCAAGGAAAUAAGGCAGAAGUUUGUUCGGCAUUUAUUUGUAUUGUUACAUGCAGUUCGUCCUCAUCAUUUGCCAUCUGCCUGGAAUUGGGAAAAAGUUUCGGUAGCUAUGGCGAUUUAUAGACCAAAUGCUUCACUUUCUAAAGAUGCUAAAGCUGCUUAUAACAGAUUAGCUUCACAGAUUGGCGCACCAAUUAACUCAUGGGUCAAGAAAAACGAAGUGAAGAAGGAAAACGAAACUAAUGGAUUAUCAGAGCAAAAUGGAACAGUCGAGGAACAAAGUACAGAUGAAAUUGCAGAUCAAGUGAAGGAAGAGGACUCGGUAAAAUCUAAGAAGAAGAAGAAGAAGAAGAAGAAGAAUAUUGGUAACCAGAGGGAAAAACAGAAGUUGAAAAAGGAAGCUAGUAAAUUACGAGUAGAGGCAAUGUCUCAGGGCUUGGAAUCUUGUGACUUUAGUUCCGUUGUUCUGACGAACGGGUCAGGUGAAUAUGAAAAUGUUAAAAAUGAAGAGGAAGAAACCGAGGAGAAGGUAAAGAGUUCUAAGCAUAAAAGGAAUAGUCAGGGUACUUCUAAUCACCCGAAUAAAAAAAAGAAAACGAGUGUAAGCGCAAUUUAGAAAUUAACUGGAAUGUAUAUUCCAAAAUUUGAAGAACUAGUUGUUAUUUUUAUAUAUAUUAUCAACAGUUUGUAAAUAAUACGUAUUAAUAAAAAAAUAGGUUUGGCAGAACUUAA